AUGGAGGUCAAGACCAACCCAGAUCUUCUAGCGAAGAGGAGGAGGAAACGGAUCCUAUGGAGCGUCGUGGGGAUCCUAACUGUUGGAGUUAGCGCAGCCGUCGUGGUCGCAGUCCUCCUCAGUAAAAAGAUCAUUCCCCUUGGUGGCAAAUCUGAUUCGUCUGUCGCCUCCGCUGACGACAGCUCAGGCAACGGGAAGCCCGCCUCUGGCUCAGGUUCAGGUUCGGGCUCAGGCUCGGACUCGGGCUCGAAACCCGGAUCGGGCAAUGCCGUGCCCGUCAAGUGUUCGACGGCCGACGAUAUCCCCGACGAAUACAAAGGCACCUGGUUGGAUCCCACGUCAUGGUACGACAUGACCGGGUUCAACUGCUCCUUUACCGCAGAACUUGUCGGCGACCUCCCCCUCGUCGGCCUCAACAGCAGCUGGGACGAUUCCGCGAGCCCGAACCCAAACGUCCCGUCCCUCGAGAAGGACUGGGGUUCCUACGCGAAGCGACCGAUCCGUGGCGUGAACCUCGGCGGAUGGCUCUCCCUCGAACCCUUCAUUACCCCGUCUCUCUUUGAUUACGACUCCAAACUCGGCAUCGUCGAUGAGUAUUCUUUAUGCAAACACCUCGGACCCGAGAAGGCCGCCGAGACUUUAGAAAAACACUACGCUACCUUCAUCACCGAAGCUGACUUCAAGGCCAUCGCCGACGCCGGCCUCGACCAUCUCCGCAUCCCCUUCUCGUACUGGGCCGUCACCACCUACGAGGGCGACUCGUACGUUCCCAACAUCUCCUGGCGCUACCUCCUCCGCGGCAUCGAAUGGGCUCGCAAGUAUGGCCUACGCGUCAAUCUCGAUCUCCACGCCCUUCCAGGCAGUCAGAACGGCUGGAACCACAGCGGUCGUUCCAGUGAGAUUAACUUCAUCGCCGGCCCCGACGGCGCCAAGAACGCCGAGCGCGGCCUCGACAUCCACAAGAAGCUAGCCGCCUUCUUUGCGCAGGACCGAUACAAGAAUAUCAUCGCGUUCUAUGGUCUCGGAAACGAACCUGGCAUGAAGAUCGACCUGGACGAGCUUGUUCAGUGGACCGAUAAGGCCUAUUCGGUCGUCAGCAAGGCCGGCGUCACGGCUCCCCAGAUUUUCAGCGACUCCAUGCGCGGUCUACCUACGUGGCAAGGCAAACUCGGCGGCAAGGGCGAUAAACUCGUCAUCGACACCCACAUGUACGCCAUCUUCGACCCUAACCUCAUCGCCCUGGAGCACUCCAAGAAGAUUUCCCUCGCCUGCAAGGACUGGUCCGGCCUCAUCGUCAACAGCAUGAGCGGCUCGGGCGGUUUCGGCCCCACCAUGGUCGGCGAGUGGUCCCAGGCCGACACCGACUGCACCCUCCACCUCAACGGCGUCGGCAUGGGCAGCCGCUGGGAGGGCACCUUCUCCGACACCAUGGGCACCCCCCGAUGCCCCACGGGCGAUAAGUCUUGCAGCUGCGACAGGGCCAAUGCCGACCCCUCGACCUAUAGCGACGACUACAGGCUCUUCCUCAAGACCUUUGCCAUUGCCCAGAUGGACGCCUUCGAGAAGUCCUACGGUUGGUUCUACUGGACGUGGAAAACGGAAACCGCACACCAGUGGAGCUACGAGGCGGGUCUCAAGGGCAAGUUUAUGCCUGCUGUCGCGUAUGAGCGCGACUGGGACUGCUCCAAAGCCGUGCCGAGCUUCGGCAAACUGCCGGAAUCCUUUUAA